UCGGGGAAGAGAACUGCGGCACUCGUUCAGUAGUUUCUCGGACGCCGCACCGGCACCAUCCGACGACCCUGCGAGAUAACCCUGCGCGUGGCCGCGACCCCCCUUGUGACAAUUGUGUGCGUAUGCGAAAACCUCUCCUAGCCGAUCGCGUGGCUCGGCCUGGUCCCCUUCUUCGUCGCGACCAAUUGGCGAACAAUCUCGCUGUGUCGAUCCCUAAAUCGAAGAGAUCGGUAACAAACGGAGUUCUGUAGCAAUAUUUUUUGAGUAUUCUUUGAAACGUUUCUUAAAACACGUGGAAGGUACAUGUUUAGUGGUUGCGACACCAGCGAUCGGUUUCAUAAAUCGGUUUUGAUCUCUCUCGCUUUUGACUUUUCAUUAUCGCGAACUCGCUGAGAUUUAUAAUAGAGUACCUCACUGUAGACGUCGAUCGAGGGAGGCCUCAAUGUUUCUUCUUCGGAUAAUGAUAACCAGUGAUAAAUUAGUGAUAGUGCGUUACGUGGGGAUCUGUUUGUGCCGAUCUGUCGCGAAAGGAUUUUUCUGCGUGUAACCACGACUGGAAGGGUGUACGAGAGAUCCAGAAGAAGAUAGAUCAUCAUUAAGACUAACAGAAAAAAAUCCGACAGAAAAGAGAAAGACGAUGUGAGGUAAUGCAUGUUGGCUUUCGUCGAUUAAUAUUCACGAAAGGAAAAAGAGAGAUAAGGACCGAGAAAAAUCGUCGAAAGCAGCCGAUAGUGUCACUCCGCAUAUCGCGACAAAAUUAUUUAAAAAGGACCGAUCGGCCUCGCCGAUUACCGGAGAACGACCGAUCACCCGCUGCCAGGAUCAUUCGCAGUGUCUCGAGUAUCCUCGGCGAUCUCGCGCGAAGAACACGGCGCCGAUUUCCGUUGUGGAGCUCGCGAGAUUCACCGUGUUGACCCGAUGUCAUCCCGCGAAUCGAUCCCGUCGUUUCCCGUCCGCGGCGAGUUGUUCCGGAAUCCGGCGAUCAGCUGGUCCAAUAGAUAAGAACUGCGCGGAGGCUGUAACCGGGGCGCGCGCAUAACGUCAUAUAAUACCGAGGUAGCGACCGACAGCAGCCGCAAGAAUGCGAGAGAAUCGAAAACGAAACGACAACGGACGUGCAUGGACGGUAAUAGCGGAUUGGCAGCCGCAUCCCUCGUUUCCAGCGACCCACGUCGUCUCGAGGCACCCUCUUCGGAGGCGGAAGUGACCGGAAGUCGGCUGUAAUGCCAACUGGCAGCGAGCGCGGCCCUCAUCGAUACUGCACCGACGACGACGAUCGCGACGAUUCAACGACGUUCCUCGAGACCGUUCGAGACGGCGGCGAGAGGUCGGAAUCGCGAGGAGGAGACGCGCGAAAACGCGACGAUUUAUAACAAACCGACGGGAAACGGUUGUACCAACGUGGACAGGGGGGAGGAGGGCAAAGAAAGAAGCGUCGGAUGAGACCGUCAUGCCCGCUGAGAUCGACACGGGCGGGCAUAGGGUGCUGCACUGUGAUUCCCGUGCCGACUGCCCGACUGCGACGCUGAUUCUUCGCGCGUUAACUUCAGCGAACGACGAACGCCGAGCCGAUUGCGCGCAUUUGCCCGCCGUGAGAAUCGACGAUAACGGAUCGCGCCAGUCACCGAGACGAGCCCGGAAAGAUCGACGACGGAAGACCGGAAGUUGCGUGAGAAAAGCGGAGCCGUUGGAUCGCGGGCGCGGAAACCCGUCGUCUAAUCGCGGUGAAAGUUCACCUACGAGGGUUCCGAGAAUCGGCGACAAAGAGGAAACAAUCCUAGCCGGACGUGACUUCCAGGCAACGAGUCGCGUGCUAAGCCCGCAGCCGUCACAUCGGCGACGAGGAAGAGGAGGGGACGAAGACGAGGACGGAGCAACCGGAGCCGGACUCUUCGGAGCAUGUCGCGCGUCGAGGGAAUCUCCGCGCGCGAUCGAGGAUGUCACCAAGGACGAGGGUUUCUCGGUCACGUGGAAGAACCCGCGGGAGAACGCGGGCGACGACGACGAGAUCGCACGAGCGGAGUCGCGGUUACGCGACGGGACGGAAGGAUAUCGGCUCGCGAUAGCGGACACGAACGGGAGUUCGAUCGCGAAGCGUCGAAGUCUCCGGGAUCGAUCUUGGACAAGACCCGUCCGGCCGACGUCCCGCGAAAGUGAGACUCUCGGCGCGGAUCUCACCGAUCGUCCGGGAAGGACGCGAACUGCGAGAGGAAACUCUCUUCUCUCUAGUCACCGCUUGCGUGCUCGCGCGGAAGAAGAAACCUACGAGGACAGUUUUAAAGGCGUCGACGAGGGGUUUUUCAGCGAGGAAUUCGGUAGCGACGACACGUGGACGGACGAAAACGGGCGAACAGUCACUUCGGGACGACGGAGCGAUGAACGUUCGAAAAAUGAGUGCAACGAAAUCGGUCGGGAUUCCGCGAGUAGGAAGAGGAUCGGGCGCGCGUGUUGCGUUUACCCUUUUCUGGUUUUCCUCCUCUUCUCCAUCGUGUUCGGACGAUGCGGACUGCUCGGUGGUUCGUCCAGUGUGCUUCGAGUCAAUGCGCGACCGAUAGCGAAUGGCUUGAGUGUUUUGGGGAUCGGAAUUAUCGGUGCAGUGAACGCGAGAUCGAUUGAUCCGAUCGGUGACGCGGCCAUUCGGGCCGAGAGAUCGGCCAAUCUCUCUCACAUGACCGGACUCUCCAGAGGGAAGAUACAAAUGUAUAUCAAGAAUCGGCAUCUGCAGAUUCUGCCGGACGGUACGGUGAGCGGUUCCAACGACGACACCUCGGACUACA